AUAUGUUGAUCCAUAUGAAUGCAACCAUUGAUUUGAUUACAAAAAUUGUACUGUUAUGUUAGGAUAGGUUAUAAUUAAUAAUAAACAUUAAUCAUGACAUCUGUUUCAGUAUUUUGUUGUUUAAAAGGUUGCUUAAAUGGCAUAGGUUUUACUUCAACUGUUCCCCACAUACCCAGGGAAAACCCGAUUCAACUUGACACUUCUUUCAUGGGGUACGAAGUCGUAAUUGUUAAGGGCGGCCAAAGGGUAUGCGGAGCCGGAGCGGCGUUAGGAAAUGCUCCACUGGUACAGUCGAAAUCGUACUUCGAAGUCAAAGUGCAGCAGGGUGGUUUGUGGUCGAUAGGGUUAGCUACUAGACAGACAGACUUAAGUCUAACUCAAGGUGGCAUGGAUCAAUUUUCAUGGGCAUUGUGUAGCGACAACGUAAUAAGACAUAAUAAGCAAGAUCUAUUUAGGAUAGGGGCCUCGGGAUUGGUACCAAACGUAACUGCGAUUUCUGGUCCUGUACCGCAAGAGGGUGAUGUUUUAGGCGUUUCUUACGAUCACAUUCAAUUGAAGUUUUAUGUUAAUGGAGAAGAAAUAGAAUUCCCGACUGUUAAUGUGAAGGGUACAGUUUAUCCAGCUUUAUAUGUUGAUGAUGGUGCCAUUUUGGACGUUAUAUUUGAAAACUUCAAUCAUACGCCUCCAUCGGGUUUCGAGAAAAUAAUGCUGGAACAAUCGCUUUUGUAAAUAAUUUAUUAAUUCACACUGUAUAUAAUAGAUUUUACCUAAUUUAUUUUUUGAAAUAUUUGUAAUUAAUAACGUCGUCAAAGUUGCAACCUAUGUUUGCCAUGUGAUUAUAACCUAUUUUGUGCUCAAUUGCAUUUGGGUUUAUACCCGGGUCCAACGUCCAUUUGAUUUGUUUUUGUGUUUGGCUUCAUUGUCAUUUAUUGCCUAAAGUUGUUUAUAUAAUAAAUUUUAAAGUAACUUUUAAGUAUGCCUAAAAAGAGGUGAAAAUUGAAAUGUAAUCUUUGUUUGGUGAUCUGAAAUUUAAAUUUUAAUAUGA